CAUCGACACCGACGCAGCUUGAUCUUAUCGUCAGCGCGGGGAACCAUCCGAUGCACAGAACGGAAAGCGAAUCUCCCGGACGGUCGACUCGCCGACCGAGUGAGGAAGAAAAGGAGGCGAGUCGGCGGCGCCGGCGAAUUCGCAUCUGCCAUUCGCGCGGCACUGACCGCGCCGCGCGGGGAAGAGCGGGGCGCGCGACGUCAGACACGCUUCUCGACGUUCCGGCGAGGCAACACGAGGUGUCAGGACGAAGUCGGCAGGAGAAGGAAGGCGACGCGCCUCGUCCUCGCGCUGUCCUUCGCAUCGCCGCCGUGCUGGUCAGCGUGCUGCCAUCGAGAACAUGUUCCGGGACGGCCAAUAUUUAGAAGUGAUCAAGGCCUCGGACAACUGCUUGGCGACCGCUGUGGUGACCGUGCAGGAGAAAACGGUGGAGAUCAAGAGGCGAAAGGUCAUCACCAACAAGUGGCUGCAAGUCGAGGACUGGGCGGCGUUGUACAAGAUACUGGAACGCGCGGUACUGCGAAACGGUCGCGGUGGUGACGGAUCGCAUCGCGAGGGUCGCGGAUGCGAGUGGAAAAAGUCCACUCGGCAGUUGGAGGUCACGUACACUUUUGACCCUCCGGAAUGCUCGAGCGACGCGACGUCGUUACCUACAAUCAAGGUGCACGUGUCGCCGGCCCGGAAGAAACCGGUGAAGCGAGAAGCAUGCGUUGAGGGGAGCAAAGCGGAGUUGGAGGAUGACGCGGCGAAACGAACGAAAGAGGAGAAGUCUCCACAUCGGACGGGCGAGGCCAAGAGCGAGCGAUUCAAAAGAACGCCCGAGAAAGCGAUCUCCCCUGCGAAAAAACUGAAGAGCAACGCGAUGGUGGAGCAGGAGGAUCAGAAGAGGAAAGGGAUUCGCAGCAAGUACUCGCUGUCCGACGAGUCGGAGAACGCGCCGGGAGAGCUGGAGGAGUACAUACCGGACGCGCCGAACGCGGCGGGACUGUGUCCCGAUUUCAAAUACGUGCCCAGCCGGAAGAGCGCGCUGGAGAACAUGCGAAUGACGUCGAACGAAUACACGCCGACCUUGUGCGCGGACGGCAAGAGCGUCGACGACACAGCAGCGAGCUACGUGCCAAAUCCCAUCGAGAUGCUGGAGAUGAUGUACGAGACAUACGAGCCAUGCGCCACCACGACGAUCCCCGAGGGCGUACUCGACGAGUACGUGCCUAAUUCGAAGGGGAUCAAGCCGUCCGUAGAAGAAUACGAGCCCGACUUCAGGUCGCCGAGUAAGCUGAUGAAGUUCGACGACAGUUACGUGCCGUCGAGCGUGCGACAGAGAGGCCUGAAUGACACCAAGAGAACUCCGGACAAGUCGGACAGGUUGAAGAUGCAGAGACUGGAGGCGCGUAGGAAAGGGACGCCGACCAAGAAGAAGAUAGACGAGCUGUUCUCGUGAGGAAGCGGCCGCGCGAGUGU